UCCUAGUUGCCCAUUAGACAAGAAGCAGUACAGCCAUGGCAUUUCACAGAGGUGAUCAAGUUGAGAUCAUGAGCAAAGAAGAGGGGUUUCAAGGCUCAUACUUUCAUGCAACAGUAGUCACAAAACUUGAGAUGGAUGAAUACAUAAUCCAGUUCAAGACUCUCUUAGAAGAUGAUAAGCCUGCGCCUUUGAGACAGGUGCACACGUUGGAUGAAAUAAGACCAAUCCCACCUGAAAUUCCUAGGAAGAAAUUUUACGUGAAGCAGAAGGUGGAUGCAUACGAAGGUGAUGGAUGGUGGGUAGGAACUAUUACUGGUAUAGAGGAGGCUGAAUCUGAAGAGGAGUUUAAGUAUACCGUUCGCUUCCAAACUACAGAAGAACAGCGUUCUUUCAAGUUGGAAAAUUUGAGGGUUCAUCAGGAGUGGGUGAACGGUAACUGGAUUUUCUCCAAGAGAGGAAGGAAGAAAAAGGGAACAGCCUAAUGAUGAGAAGAUUUUGGAAAAAUGAAGAACCAUGAAAGCUUUGAGCUUGAGGAGGAGUUAUUACGAGAGAAUUUAUUAACUUUGUAAUAAGUACAUACAAUUUGAAGCUACCGGAGAACAGGGUGCUUGUACUAAGAUUGUAAUUGGUUCACUUUCUGGUUUAUUAGCAGACAAAAUCCAGUGGUCUUUUUAACUUUCGAGUAAGGUGAAUGGUUUGCACAGUGUCCUCGGAUAGGAUUUCUCUUGACAUCUUUUUGUAUUUUCUUCAACAUUGUCCUGUUUUAAUUAACCUUAAAUCUUGCUGGUGUGUUUUUCUUGA